AACGCCUUUGUGGAGUGAACGUCGAUCGUCGUCCGUUGCCGCCGGCCAGCUCAGGACAGUGCGAGUGUGUGUUGGCCUCCAAGCGGGAGUUCGCGCGCAGGACUUUCCUCACUCUCUCCGCUCAGCCUCCUCCUCCGCCUCCAAGGCUCCAAGCACCAUGACCUCGUCCUUGAACGAACAGAUGACAGUGUCGACGACCAUGCUGCCGCACUACGACUCGCCGCUGCCGACCCUGUACGAGCCGCAGCCGCAGCCGCCGAAGCCGCGACUCAUGUUCAAGAUGCCCCGAGUCGUCCCCGACCAGAAGUCCAAGUUCGAGUCGGACGAACUCUUCCGCCGACUCGCCAGGGAGACCGAGCAGGUUCGAUACACAGGAUACAGAGACAGACCUAUGGAGGAACGACGGCAGAGGUUCCAAGCUGGAGUGAGAGAAGGACAUACAGAAGUGGCAUUUAUGACCAACGGAACGAAUAUGUGCUUGCAACUUUCAACAUCAGGAUUUUCGAACAAUGCAAAGGAGAUUGACUUUGAUAAGGAACCAGGGAAG